AUGGGCUGCUCCAGCAGCGCCCUGAACAAGGCCGGCAACAGCAGCAAGUGCCGCAGCGGUGAGAUGGGAAAAAAGGUUGAAACUGAGAUGGAGAAUGAGACAGUAAAUGAAGGGGUUGAAACAAAAGAAGAAGAAACCGGAGAAGUUAUGGAGUCUUCAGUAGCCACAGAGAUCCCGAUGGUGAUAAGAGGAUAA